AUGUCAAAGACCUCGACACAGUUGAAGCUGUCACCACAGUUUUGUUUCAAUGAACGGGCAUUGAGAGACUUCCUUCGAAUAUCUCGGUCGACAGUAGACGACUCGAUAUCGCAAAGCUUGAAUGCCCUGGUGACUCCCUCCCGACAAGGCUUUGACCCAUCCUCAACCACCGCUAGACAGACAGAACUACCUCGUCACGGCCAGGUCGAAGGAACCAGAUGUCAGAAAUUCAAAGAUGAAGUCCUGUUUCCUUCCUGGCAAGCUAGGUCGGACGUCUUGACCUACUGCGCCGGAGUUGCCACGAGCCCUGACCCUGAUGACCCGGACCUGCUGCUCCGACAGGAAGAGUCAGCGAGAGCUCGGGAGAGGGUGGUUGACGAGCGAUUGGAUCCUUACUCCGCCAGGUUCUUCCCCAGGGAGCCGCGGACAGAGUCUCUUGCCAUGCUAAUACGGAACGAGCGUGGUGUGGAGAGGAUCGUGAGGUCUCGUUCUUGGGACAUAGUCGGAGAACGCUGCGGGAACUCAUUCGAAAGCUGGGAGGAUGCUCUCAAUCGCUGGCGGGCAACGCGUGAGCAGUCUCGCUGA